GGUCAGUGAAAACAAACAGUAAAAAAGAAGUCAUGAGUCCAGUAGAUAACGGUCAGUUGUAGCCAAAACACGCUUUAUUAUCCGUUAUUAAGCAAUGAAAAUAUUGGAAUUUAGCUGCAGGCCGGUCUGAAAUCUGCAGGGGAAGAUGUUUUGUCUCCAGAUGUCCCUCUGGCUUCGGCCCAGGACACAACUUUGCUCAGUCUCAAGGAAGAGUGUCCAUAAACUUGCUUCGCUUCAGGAAGCCACAAUGCUUCCCCCAAAGAAAGUCCAAAGCUUACUUUACCCCUUCAGUGAACUGGAGCCUUAUUUGGACAGGUCUGUGGACAGGGCUCCAUUCCAGCUGUUUCAUCCCAGUUUGGAAGACAUGAUUAAAGCAGAAAAGCUCUUCUACUCUUCACCGUCUCACCAUAUUGAUUACUACCUCUCUGCUGAGAGGAUGGACCAUGCACCUGCACUGAAAGCACCAGAGGUCUGUUUCAUCGGCAGAAGCAACGUGGGCAAGUCGUCUCUCAUCAAAAGCCUGUUCUCUCUAACUCCUGAGGUAGAAGUCCGAGUCUCCAAAACGCCAGGCCACACAAAGAAGAUGAACUUCUUCAGAGUGGGCAGAACUUUCACCAUCGUUGACAUGCCAGGCUAUGGAUACAGAGCACCAAAAGACUUUGUGGAAAUGGUGGAGCCGUAUCUCUACACACGGAAAAAUCUGGCGAGGACAUUCCUGCUGGUUGAUGGCAGUGUUGGUGUGCAGAAGGCGGACCUUAUUGCCCUGGAGAUGUGUGAGGAGACAAGAUGUCCAUAUGUGAUGGUGGUGACGAAGAUUGACAAAUGCAGAAGCGGAACGCUGCUGAACAACUUAGUGAACCUUCAGGAUUUGAUUAAAACACAUACGACAAGCUGCUUCCCCCAGCCGUUCCUGGUUAGCUCCUACCACUUUUUGGGGAUCUACCUCCUGAGGUGCUUCGUUGCUCAUGUAACAGGGAGCAUCAGCUUAACAGACACCUUUCAAAGCUGACAUAACAGCAGCCUAACAUAGCUCUACAUACAUCCACAUUGUAGCUGCUUCAGAGACUUUUAUUUUCUAAUAAAAUGUAAAACACUU